CGUGAAGAUUCACAGUCACCCAUACGCACACACACUCUCGCUCGUGCGUAUAUAAAUACUAGACGCGUCCACAAUCACAAUCACAAACGCAUCGCACUCCGAAGAGCGAGUACCACAGACAGACACAACCGAAAAAACAGAAAGUCUUCAACAUGCAGGUCACUUUUGCCGUAUCGUCGUUGCUGUUAGCUGUCGUCGCCGUCAGCGCCUACCCCGCAUCACUGAACCCGGAAUCCAGAGCCGCCAUCUUGGUCCAAGAUUCAGCACCCAACUCCGAUGGAUCAUUUAAGAACAAUUUCCAAACCGAAAACGGAAUCAAACAAGAAUCAGUCGGUUACUUGAAGGCCGGCGCAGAAGGACCCGUAGCCGUGUUCCAGGGAGCUGUGGCGUACGUCGCCCCAGACGGCCAGACCAUCCAAACCGGAUACAUCGCCGACGAGAACGGUUACCAGCCGUACGGCGCUCAUUUGCCCACUCCACCACCAAUCCCAGCUGAGAUCCAAGAGUCGCUCAGAUACCUCGCCUCUCUGCCCAGCACUCCCGAACCAAAAUACCAGUAAGACGGUGACCACGUUGCAGUGACCACCCCGGCCCAGCUCCUGGCUACCAAUAUAUUACCUGAUAUUAUAUCUACCCCUCGAAAUGAUCAUCCGCCACACGUUUGAAGCGCAGACAUUACAAUAAUGUCCGUGGUUUAAAGCGCGGUUUUCAAAAGCCAACCAUAUAUAGUUUUGUUAUUAUAUUAGUAUUCUUGUACCGCUCUUCUGUCCGUUUACCUUAGUAUAUACGUAAUAAUAUGUUAUCAUGAUCUCGUCAUUGCGGUUUGUUGUCGAUGGCGAAGACAUUAUACCAUAUAACUAUGCUA